GACAGCUCUUCCAUCCAUCCCCCGGACCUCAACUCCCUCCGUCGCUACACCACCGCCACCUCGUUCCUUGCGUAGUUCGAGCAAGAAAUUCAUCCUCCUACGAGACGCCGCCGCCCUCACCUAUCGGUCGAAGCCGCCUGCAUCUUUCCCUUCGGCCAUGGCGGACAGCGCUGCGGCCACGUCGAACGACGCCGACGCCGCCGCCGCGCGGGCCUCGGAGCAGGCCCGUCUGCGCAAGGAGCGGCGCGAGGCCAAGAUCAAGGCCGGCGGCUCGGCACGCCUGAACAAAAUCACCGGCAUAGGCGGCCGUGUAGUCGGUGAUACAGAACAGGCUUCGCCCGUCGUCACGCCCCCGGUGGCAGCCGAUGCAUCGUCGCCCAAGUCACGCUCCGUGUCUGGCACGCAGGCACCACCACCACCACCACCACCACCACACCACGCCGCCGCCGACCCCGAGGAGGUGGACAUCUCGGAGCACUUUUACGAACCGCAAACGAGGACGCCGUCUCGGCGCAACGUCUCGGGCGCCGAGCCGUCCAUCUCGGACGCCCAGCUGCGGCAGAUGAUGCUCGGCUUCGACCGCCCCGGGCAGAGCGCAUCGCCGAGCCCGAGCCCCGGCCCCGGACCCGACGGGCCGGCCCUGCCGCCCGGCAUGGAGGACGACCCGCUCAUGAAGAUGAUGACCCAGAUGAUGGGCGGUGCGGGCGGCGCCGGCUCCUCUCCCUUCGCCGGUAUGCCCGGCAUGCCCGGCGCGCAACAGCAGCAGCAGCAGGCCGCCCGCCCCGACGCCUAUGCCGCCUUCUUCCGCAUCCUGCACGCGCUGCUGGCCCUGGGCCUGGGCCUGUACGUGACGCUCCUGACGCCCUUUUCCGGCACGCGGCUGGAGCGGGAGCGCGCCUCCCUCGCGCACGACGUUGCCGUCGCGCACGCGCACGGCUACGACCCUGCGUCCGCCGGCGCCGCCGCCGGCGCGCCGUCACCAUCGUUCGACUACGACGGCCAAUACGCCGCCAACGAGCAGCGCAAGCUCAUGUUCUUCUGGAUCUUCGCCACGGGCGAGGCGGUGCUGCUCACGACGCGCUUCUUCCUCGACAAGGCCCGCGGCCCGCAGCGGGGGCAGCCCACCGGCAUGCUCUGGACCGUGGCCGGGUUCGUGCCCGAGCCGUUCAGGGGGUACCUGCUGGUGGCGCUGCGGUACGGGCAGAUCUUUACGACGGUGAGGGCCGACAUCCUGGCGUGCAUGUUUGUGCUGGGCGUGUGCUCCUGGUGGAAGUCGUGAAGCGGGUCGGGUUGGAUUGGGUAGGGGCUGAAGAGUGCUGUAGUAGCUGUAUACUAUUAUACUACGGGAAGCUCGGAUGGGUGGCGGGAAUGGAUGGUUGUGGUGGUGAUGGUGGUGGUCGUCAUCUGGCCUUCUUUCUCGCCCACAAUGCAUAAUACAUUUCACACACUGCGGCAGACUGGCUGGCAGACUUGAGGGAUGGCACAUUUCAGUGUUAUUAGUCGUAGUCAUGUCUACUGUUGAUUUAUGUUGUAUUAUUAUGCAUUAGGUGAACGGGAUGCAGGAGCGUGAGCUGCCACACACCACGCGUCUCCGGUUCUAAUCGAGACUCCCGCCCCGCGCCGCCUUAGCUGAUCGCUGACCGCAAAAAA